AUGCAUCGGCUCGGGAUUAUUAUUCCGCGACGGGGCGCUGCAACGGCCAGCGCGACCAAGAAGAUCGUCAUCCAGCCAAAGAUUAAGAGAGGUCCAACUGAACUGCUCGAAGCGUUGGCCGCGACUGUUGGUCCAGAUCCGACGGCCCCUCAUUUUGCCUUCAUCGACGACCCUGCCACUAUCCCAUCUCAAGCGGCUACAAAACGAAACUACCUGCUUGCUAAGGAACUAGGGCGUCGAGCCGCUAGAGGAUUGGCAGAAGAAUGGCCGACUCUUUUUGCCUUUGACCGUGAAGUACCGCGUCUAGACGUUUUUCGCCCGCAAAAGACCCUGGAUCCAGCCUUGAUGGAGCCUACCGAGUCCAAACUUGACGAGCUGAUCGAGGCGAGAAGGGUCGAGGAUGCAGCCAUGCUUUUCGAAAAGAUGAGAGGCGACAAUGUCGAAGUCUCCGCCAAAGCCCAAAGGAAAUUAUUCCUUCUGCUCACAUACUAUGGUGGCAAGAACCCGCCGACCUUUGAGAACAUUGAGUGGCACGCACUUCGGGUUUUUGGCGUUGAUCAACCAGAAUGGAAGGCUGACCUAAUCGAGCUCCUCUACGAGACGCUGGAAAAAGAUGCUGAGAUCAAGUCGGCAAUGAUUUGUGGCUUUUCCAAGUACAAGGCCGGCGACGCCAAAGCGCUUUCUAUUUUUAAGGAAAUGCAAGCCGCGAAGGAGGUACCGCAUAUUGAAGCGUACAACUCGCUGAUUGCCUCCCUGAAGCCAAAUCAAUCCGGCGAGCUACUGAAGUCAAUGGCGGACAACAAAUUGCAGCCCAACGUUGACACUUUCAAUUCGCUGCUCGUGGCGCUAAAGAAGUCAUUCCACGCUGAAGCGGGGCCCAUAAAGAAGAUCAAGGAGUUUUCUCGAGUGCUCGGCGAGAUGAAGCAGUUGAAAAUUCAGCCAACUCUGCACACCUAUGCCAUUAUUUUGAGCGCUUUCUAUUCGCCACCACCUAUGGAGCGCGACACAAAAACGCCAGACACUGGAAAAUCUGCUGAUAAGGCAGCUGGCAUCACGGCGCUCGCCGAGUUUUUGCAAGUCCUUGAGAAAGCUGCAAAGGUUGAGCUACACGGAAUCCACGAUCACACGUUCUUCACCAUUGCCAUGAAGAUUUGCCAAGACUGCGGGAAUGUCGACAUGGCCAACCGGGUACUGUCGCUCUACACCGACGCGCGCAAUGAAGUGAAAAUGCCAGCUUUUACCUAUGAGAACAGUUUUUACGAAUCCUAUCUACUACUGAAUAUUGAAACUGCCGUUUCAUUGGACGAGCUUGAAAAGGUGUACAAGAAAUUUGUGCCGAACUAUGUGGGCAUCAGCCGAUGGCUCGUCUACAGAAUGUUGAACAAAUUGAGGGACCAAGACCAUUGGAAUCUGUCGAGACGGUUGAUCGAGGAUUCGAUUAACGCACAACACCUAGAAGUCGCUUCCAUCGCUGGGCGUCUUCGUGGCCUUUUGAUAGGGCUAGAUUUUACGGCACUGAGCCCCUUCCAACGUGAAGAAUUCACCAUGCUCGUGCGCAAGAUGGUCGAUGUCUGGAUAGAGUACAGCCGAUUCAAAGAUGAGCGAAAGAAGCGGAAGCUGACUUUCAGCACGGUUAUCGAAUCGGCACUUUUGUUAACAAGGAUUGGCGACGAUGCCAAAGCGUUGGACUUGCUGCAGCUGUUGUUUGACGAAAGCGCGACUACGGGUGAGGAGGCCAGUGUUGAUACAGCCGGAUUUGUUCACGAUCGCCGGCUCGUCGAGCUUUUCGACCAUGCGCUGAGACAAAAGAAUGUCGAAAUGGCUACCGUCGUCCUUGAGUUGAUGUCCCGAUUCUUCUCGAAGGCCCAGCUGCAAUACCAGGCUUCACGUCUUUCCGAGCGCUGCGGCCUCAACAAGGACCAGACGCGCAUCAUCGAAGGUUUCAUUCGGUUGCGCCCCCAA